AUGGCCGACCUGCUCGGGCUGCACUCGCGGUGGCGCGGCCACCUCACCGCGUCCCACCUCCGCGCCUGCUGGAACAACCUCGGGCACAGCCGCCAGCCUCUACGGCAGCGCCGGGCCGCUCUGUCGGGCCCCGCCUUCCGCGCGCUCUGCCGCGACAGCGCGGCGUCGGUGGCGGACUGGUCUCCGGCGCAGUGCAUUCAGCUGCUGUGCAACCUCGCGCGGCUGCGGGUCCGCGAGACGCCGGCCGAGCAGCUCUGGGGCGCGACCGAGGCUGCGCUGCUCGACGCGCUCCACGGAGCAUCCGGCCCCCCGGAGCUGCUGAGGCGAGCGAAGGAGGCGUUUGUGAGCUGGCCGGUGCAGUCGUCGCAGAUGCAGCGGCAGGUGGGGGAGGCGCUCGCGCUGAUGGGUCUCUCGCCGCAUGAGGAGGUGCUCGUCGAGAACGGCUACUCGCUCGACUUUGUCGUCGAGUGGCGCGGCCAGCGGCUCGGCGUCGAAGUCAGCGGCCCCGACCACUUCAUCGGCUCCUCGCCCUGCGGGGCGCACUUGCUCAAGCAGAGGCAGAUGCGGCGGCUCGGCUGGCGCGUCGCCGACGUGCCGUACUGGGAGUGGGUCGAGGCAACCCGUGGCGGGGAGCGGCAGAGGCGGACGGCCUACCUCGCGGCCGUGCUCGAGGCGGCGACCGCGUCGGUUGUCGGCGAGCAGACGGAGACCAGAGACAGAGGCGAGAGGGGCGUGGGAGGCGAGCUGAGCGAGAGCCGAGAGACGGUCCCGCGCCUCGCCGCUAUGCGCUAUCCGACGUCGCGCAUCGCGACCGCAGCUGCCACGUGCCAGCUCGUGUGCCGCGUGUGCGGCCGUUAUGUGGCACACAGCGCACUGUGCGGCUGCCACAGCUUUGACAGCGAUGGGCUCGCCCUCACUGGCCCUCAGUCACUUGUGCUGCGGCUUGUGUGA